AGUUAUUGCUGCGCUUGCGCGUUAGUGCAAAUUCAUGAACUUCAUCACAGCCAAGUAAUAGGAGAAUAGAUCCAUCUUUUGCGGAGUUGAAUAUAUUUAUACAUCCAAUUAUUUUUUUAAAAAUAUUAUUGUUGGAAAUAAAAAUUUAUCUUUGAAAAAUUAAAAAAAAUCAGUUUCAAUUUGUGGCUUAAUAAAUAAGCAGGUAAAAAAUAAACAUUUUUAAGUAGAUUAAAACAACAAACAAUGACAGAAAAAGAACAUAUAGUGUGUGGACCACCAAGUUUUGACAUACCAAAAAUAUCAUACGGACAAUAUAUACUAAACCAAUUACGUCAAGCCUCACUCCGUGUUGUUCAGGUUGACGCAAAAACAGGACAAGUAUUGACAAAUUAUGAAUUACUUAAAAAAAGUAUUUUGCUAUCAAAAUAUUUAGAAGAAAAAGCCGUCAAAGUUGGUGAUACGAUCGCAAUAUCAAGUGAAAAUAUUCUGAAUUAUUUUAUAGCAGUAUGUGCAACUAUUUAUCGAGGUGCUACUGUCACACUAGUGAAUCCUGAUUAUGUUGAAGAUGAAAUAAAACGCUGCUGUAAUAUAUCACAUCCACGUAUUAUUUUCGUAUCACAAAAAACUCAGGAUAGAGUUUCACAAGUUAUAAAAUUCUUACCAUGGAAUAUUGAAUUAAUUCAAUUAGAAAAUAUUUUUAUUAAGAAUAAUAAUAAUAUUGAAACAGUCGAUAAUAUAAUAUCAAAUAUAAAUUCAGAUUAUAAUUGUGAUUUUUACCAUUAUUAUGAACCAGAAAAAAUAUCAGUGCCGAAAGAACAGGAAAUCGUUAUUCUCUAUUCAAGUGGAACUACUGGAUUGCCAAAAGGUGUUAUGCUAUCUCAUUACAAUGCCCUGACAAUUUCAUAUACUCUUAGAUCACCACAAUUCCGUGAGUUUCAAGAUAAGUCAAUAGAUUUGAUAUUUUUACCGUUUUACCAUGGCUAUGGAUUCGCAAUGAUGAUGUCAAUUCUAACAAUGGGUACUACCGCAGUAGUAAUGAAAUCGUUCAGUCCAGAAUUAUUUUGCGAAGCUAUUGACAAGUAUAAAGUAAAUACUUUGCCAUUGGUUCCACCAACAAUGAUAUUUUUAGCAAAAAGUCCGAUUAUAAGUAAAUACAAUUUCAGUUCACUGAAAGAAAUUAUAUGUGGUGCUGCUCCAUUAUCACAGGAAGUACGUGAAGCAGUAAGAAACCGUUUUCCAUCAGCAAAUAUACGGACAGGAUACGGGAUGACUGAGUUAUCAGUAGCAAUAUGUCUUAGUGAUCGUGACAGUACGAAAUCCGAGACAAUUGGUAAUCUAACGUCUGGUAUAUGUUGCAAAGUUAUUGAUCCAGAGACAUCAAAGUCUUUGAAGGCGUAUGAAACGGGUGAGUUGUGUUUCAAGGGUGAUCAUGUCAUGUUAGGGUAUAGAGAUGAUCCUGAGGCAACUGGUCAAACGAUUGACCAUAAUGGCUGGCUACACACUGGUGAUUUAGGUUAUUUCGACCACGAUGGUGAUUUAUUUAUUGUCGGUAGACUGAAAGAAUUGAUUAAAUACAAAGGUUAUCAAAUUGCUCCAGCUGAAAUUGAAAAUAUACUACUGUCACAUCCAGAUGUUAAUGAUGCGGCUGUUAUUGGUAAAUAUGACGAUACUGGUAAUCAGAUUCCGGUUGCUUACGUUGUUAAAAAAUUACACUCUAAUAUAACAUCACAGCAAUUACGUAAAUUUGUUGAUGAUAAAGUCUCAAUGCAAAAACAUUUACGCGGUGGAAUUAAAUUUAUUGAUGUGAUACCAAAGAGUUCAGCUGGAAAAAUACUUCGUCAUCAACUCGAAUUGAUUUCCAAACUUUAACUACAAAACUGCUUCUGUAUUUUUUUCAGUUAAAAAAAAAAUAAUACAGUAAGUUCUUGAUGGUUUCUAUCAAUAAAAGUAUUUUUUGCGAUUUUACAAUGAAUAUCGCAUUGUUUUAACUUUCCUUUUAACUUUUUUUUUGUAAAACAUAACUUAAAAAAAAUGUGUUAAUCGAUAGUGUGAGUUGAUUGUUUAAUGGAUUGUUUAGAGACGUUCGAAAAUAAAAUUUUGAUAAAUAUUAAAUACAUUAGUAAUGAUUGGGGGUGGGAAUAGACCUUACGUAAAAUAUACUAAUGAAAAAAAUGAAAGGAAAAGAAAAGUUUGAGAAAUUUAUUAGUGAUUUUCGAAAAGCUGUAACAUUGUGAAAAAUAAUCUGUCGGUAUAACUUCGGUAUAACUUGUUCAAAAAAAUACCUUAAUUAACAUUAUGGAUAAGUAUAAUUUGGGUAUACUUUUAGAAUUCUACUGAAAACAUACUAAAAUGAUACUCAAGUACCAGGUAUGUUUUAGAUAUUUUUUCGGUGUAACCAAAUUCGCUAGGGAUUAAAAGGAAUUAGUUAGAAUUAAACUUUUUCCAAUCCUCUUUUAUCCUAUUGAAUCCUCCGCGAGAACAGAAAUUGAAUAUUAUUUUAGAAUUUGAAAGGAUAAGUUAAGAUUGAACUUUUUGAAUCCUGUUUUAUUCUCUUGGAUCCUCCGCGAGAACAGAAAUAGAAUAUUACUCUGGAAUUGAAAAGAAUAAGUUAGAAUUAAACUUUUUUAAAUCCUCUUUUAUUCUCUUGAAUCCUCCGCGAGAACAGAAAUGGAAUAUUACUUUGGAAUUAAAAAGAAUAAGUUAGAAUUAAACUUUUUUGAAUCCUCUUUUAUUCUCUUGAAUCCUCCGCGAGAACGGAAAUUCAAAGUUAUUUUAGAAUUAAAAAGAAUUAGUUAGAAUUAAACUUUUUUGAAUCCUCCCUCGCAGAUUUGAAUCACGGUGGGA